CUGUAAGUACCAUGUCGAGACUACUACGUGGCGUCUCAACUGUGGCGCUGCAGGGGUUCACCGGCGCCUCGAACGAAGCGCGCGCGACCAUCUUUUCAACCUUCCCUCUUAGAAUAGCACAAUCACUUGGUUUGCUCUUUGCGGUCAUCCUAGACGUAAUUCAGAAACAUAGCGAACGGGAGACGGGAUAGCCCAUCACAUGGCGCUAUUUUGAUCUUUGACGGCGUCAGUUACCCUGACCUGAAGUGGUUUUCCUCAUCACCUCGAAUUCGCGCUUCAAAACUCGAAAUAUUUGAUCUUCUUCUAUUCUUAUCCCACCCAUGGCGUAUUGAAGGACAUAGCUAUCACAUACUAUCAUCUGACGCAUUCUUAAUCUUAGCGACCUCUGAACACUGCCCACUUUACAAGCUCUGCUUGUUAACAUACCCGAGAAUACCGACUCACGAUCACUGCACAACAUGGAACGACCGGUGUUCUCAAACUCCUUCGAGAUGGUCAUGUUUCAUGUUGGAAAUGACGGAGAUGAAGAGAAAUUCAUGGUCCACAGAGAACAUGUUUGCUCCUACUCGCCGGUCUUAAAGGCUGCGUUUAACAGCUCCUUUGUCGAAGGCCAGACUCAAAGCUAUAGGCUCGAUGACAUCCGGCCAGAUUCGUUUCGUCUCUUUGUGCAAUGGCUUUACACGCAGGGAUUUUGCAUUUUGGACGAGAUAAGCCUUGCUGGCGCGGAGCCAACCAGCGAGAUGGCACUGACAACUACGAGGCUGUGCCAGGAGCGAGAUCUAAAUAUCAUCCAAUUAUGGCUUCUAGCUGACAAGUUCCUUAUACCGCGCCUCCAAAAUGAUGCUAUGAAGCACUUCGUAAAGAUUCUCGAGAAUCAAAACUAUAAACAUAAGGGCAUAUACCGGAGCACACAUUGGAUUCCAUAUGUGUAUGCCGAGGGGAGGACGACGCUCGACAGCCCGUUGAGGCAUCUCGCCGUUGACCUCUGUUUGUACAGCACAUCUUCGUCGUGGUCGAAUGCCCAUCCAGAUCACUUUCCGCACCAAAUGCUCAUGGAAUUGAAUUCACAGAUAAUUCUGUCACGUGAGACCGGCUACCCGGACGGAAGACAUUACAGGCAUAUUCGGCCAGACAGAAAUUACCUUGUGGUCGAAGAUAAGCCGCAAUGCAAAGAGGCAAAGCAUUGAGUCACGUACUUCGAGGCCGGUGGUACCUUUGGUUGAACUUGCCGUUGAAGAACGGAGGACAUUCAAGAAUAAGACCGGAAGGAAUGACAUCCAUCCUCCUCCUCUAACAAAACCUCGACGUGGGCGAUGUGGC